ACAGAAAUUCACCCAUUUAUCAGGAGAUAAAAGAAUAAAACAAAAUGAAAUGCGAGGAGAUUUUAGUGGCGGUGGUGUUAUUGUGUAUUGUUGACCGACUCGAUGCUGACCAUCCAAAAGACAAACUGGCCAAAGAUCCAAAAAUGCCGAGAGUUGGUUGUACAAAAUUCAUGUUUGAGGGAAAAGGUGACUUUCGAGUACAGAAGAAGAUCUACCAAGCUCAGAAUUCUAAACAUUAUAUUGAAUCAUUACGCCUGAUAAAGAGGACUUCAUUCUACAAAUGUGAACCUAAGGCUGAGAAGUAUGGUAUUUCAGAGGAUGGUCAUUCAUGGUGGGUAGACAAAGGGUGUGAAGCUAUAUUUGAAGUGAUUGAGUGUCCAAAUAAUGGAAAAGUCCCUCCCCCAGAUACAUGGAGCAAGAUCUAUGAAGAGUUACGACGACGACUCAAAGCGGCCACACAGAACGUAGACUUGACAAAUUUCAACCUGAACAGCGUUUUUAACAGGUUCGAGUAUCGACCUGAACCGAUCGUUCGUGGAAACUGAUUGGAUUGUCUUGACAUGCAGAUAUUUUUGUACAUAUUGUCCGUAUUGGCUCUCAUUUCAAACUUGUGUUUGUUAUCCGGGAUAAAACUCACACAGUUCAAAUAUACAUACAUGUAAUUCAUAUAAUUGGCCAUCGUGUUCAUUUUUGCACGUUCGAGCGUUUACUUGUUUCAUGAAUCCAAUAUUAAAUGCUGAAACAUCAAUAAUAAACGAAUGCUUUAUGUUUAAAA